UCCCCCGUCCCUGGAUUGCAGCGGGGUACAGUCUGCUGCUGGUGGAGCAAACCUGGCAACCUGGCAACUUCAAACGGAGACCGAUUGGCAAUCUGGCAAUGCGGAAAUAAAUCUGGCACCCCCGAGUCCGGAUUGAGGAGAGAGGCGUGACAGAGCGCGCGCUGCGAGGAGAUAGGACUGUUCUCACAAAGAUACAGAUAAUACACACCUUUCCUGCUUUUGGAGCUUUUCUCCUAGUCCAGGUGCUCAGGUGUGCUCAUCUGCACCAGCUUCCAUAGCUUUUGUUUUUUCUUUUUACCACUCUUGGGGGGAAAAACGGGGAGAAAAGGAAAGAAGUGCACUUGAAACCCGGACUUUUUCUUUUCACUGACUUUUUGAUUUUUUUUUCUUCUUCGUCUAUACGAUAAACAUGGAUGUUUUGGCAAAUUACAGUAUUUUCCAGGAACUGCAACUCGUUCAUGACACUGGUUAUUUCUCCGCGAUGCCUUCCCUGGAGGAAAACUGGCAGCAGACAUGUCUAGAGCUGGAGCGAUACCUGCAGACGGAGCCCAAGCGCCUCUCAGAGCUCUUCGACGAGGAGCUGGACUGUCUCCUAACACCAGCCUUUAUGCAGGGUGGUGACAGUGAUGAAGACCUGAUGGAUCCCCUCCUCCCCAGCCUUCCCGACCAGCCCAGCCCACCUCCACUACUCAUCGCCCACCCAAAGGUCCAGGCUAAAAUCCUCCAGGUCCCACAUCUGAGCAAGAGUCAAGCUGGGACUGAAACGACAAAGGAGCAGGGCCUUGGAGGAGUCAGUGCCGCACAGCUCAGUGCAGCUGUCACAUCCCUCACGCCUCCGUCGUCUCCAGAGCUCGGCCGGCAUCUCGUCAAGCCCACACAGACACUCACCGCAACAGCAGACGGCACAUUGACGUUUAAACUGGUGGCAAAGAAGGUUGGAUUAGGGGCAGCUAAGGUCGUGGCAGCACGAGCGUUACCUUCCCCGCUGGGCCGGGGAGGAGCCCUGAGCGACAGCGAACAGGGAGGGGGUGGAGGUCUGGGAGGAGACAUACCUGAGAAUAAAAAGAGAGUCCAUCGAUGCCAGUUUAAUGGCUGCAGGAAGGUUUACACCAAGAGCUCCCAUCUGAAGGCGCAUCAGAGGACACACACAGGUGAGAAGCCCUACAAGUGCUCAUGGGAGGGCUGCGAGUGGCGCUUUGCCCGCAGUGACGAGUUGACGCGACACUACCGCAAACACACUGGAGCCAAGCCAUUCAAGUGCAACCACUGCGACAGGUGCUUCUCUCGGUCGGACCACCUGGCCCUGCACAUGAAGAGGCACAUUUGAAGGCAAAAGAAGAAGAACGGGAGACGAAGGAGCAGAGAGGAGGAGUCAAAAGGACGGAGGGACGGUAGUCACGCUACAAACUGUUCAUCCCUUUGAUUGGCCGUCGGAGAGGGGAUGAGGAGGAGACGAGGAGUAGCUAGAUUGUUGUUUUUCUUUCAAAUUUCACACUCGCGUUUUGACAGUAAACACGUCACACCGCUAUCGAUCAUCCCGGUGAACCCCAGCUGCUCUCGCUGAGCUCUGGGGCUUUGGACACUGCCAAACAUCACACCACCUUUCUUUUCUCUCUCUCUACUCAGUCUGUUCACAUUAUUGAUUCACUUUGGUGAGAAAAAAAUCCAUUUACUCAACUCUUAGUGCAUUACCGUACUUUUGAAAGUUCUUUUCUACGUUUUUGCCGGUUUUCGUACAUGGAACAUAAGCAACCGCCAUCUGCCGCACUCAGCUUCUGUAAUGUAUGUGAGGAAAACAACAAUGCAGCAUCUGCAGGAGGGAGACCGUACGGAUUGACUCCUAGCAUGGCUGACAAUCGAACCCGGGCCGUGAGACGGAUUUGGAGCGCCCAAUGGGACUUCAGUCAGUGGAUGCCACUGCAGCUCUCAAGCUCUCCUCUAGAGGGCGCUUGCAUCGCUCACCUUCACAGAGACGCCUGCCGCCUCCGCGGGCCAUCGGACAGAUAAUGCGCAGCGACACUUUCUUCCCUUUUUUUCUACUUAAAGAACAAUGAUUUCUUCUUAUCGUUGUUAUCGAAACAAAUGACACUUUGCGCUUUUCUUGCUUAGAGAAAAUGUCUUAAAGCUCACAGAAAUGAGUGUGAGAAGAAAACUGAAGGCAGAAUGUGUGGGAAGAGGAGGUUGUUGGGCUUUUUAUCCUCAUGUGCACUGACUCUGCUUCUGCAGUUUUUAAACAACCAAUCGACGGGGAGCAGAACAGCAGGAUCAACUUUCAGAUUAAAAAAAUGAUUUUUUUUGUUUUAGUUGGACUCAAAUAAAAGCAUUUUCUCUUAUUUUCCCCUCAACCCAACGCAGCUAAAACAACUAAACCCUGAGAUGACCUCCAGCGGUCUCACUCCACCAGUCAAGAGAUGGACUCACUGAUAAACUGGCAAACUGUUUUUAUAUAUACACAUAUAUAGGUCUUUUAUUCUGAAAGUCAUUUGUGUGUUUUCUCUCAGACUCUGAGACCUCAUCUCCCUGGCAGACCUGCAGGGGGACGACUGAGGCUGAAGAGCUGCUUUUUGGUUAUUGUUCACACGGGACUGAAGAAGCCAACCCACAUCUGGGUGUUGGCUCUGAACGAACUCGGUCCCAAAGACCCGUCAAAUUUGCCUGUUUUGUAUCCAUUUACUGCACUUAUCUUUUUUAUUUAUUUAUUAUUUGAAACGUUAUCUGUGCUUUUUACUACAGCAGAAAAUAAGGAAAAAAGGAACCUAAAGAAAAAAACAUAAAAGACUUAAAAAUACAACAAAAACAGCUCUUUCUCACUUCACAUGUUACAUACAAAACAAUCACACACACACUCACACACACACACACAGCUGUUCCAAUGUUCACAGGCUCCUCUCAACAUAAAACUAAUAAGAAAUAAAAAAAUAAUUACUAAACUAAUGAGCAGAGUUGGAAAACAGAACACUGCAUGACGGGCUUUAAUACAUACACACAUACUCCAGCUCCUGAGCAUGCACACACACACACACACACACACAUGCGAAUAAACACAUGCGCACCCUUCGUGGAAUUAUAUGUUCUGCUCCCAAAUCUUUUUUCACAGUAGGAAUUUAGCGACUGUUGUUUAGUGGAAGAGUAUCUUAGCUCUCGGCUGGAGGCAACAAACGAUUCCAGAUCCUUUGAAGUGAGAAAUCCGCUUGUUCUCGGCUUCCAACAAUCACCCACAUAACUCAUGCUACAGUUUAGCCUCACAUUUAAUCCGUUUUAACUUCCAGACUCACAGUUGAUUACAACAGAAUUGCAUUACUCAGUAUUUUGAUCUAGACUCCACUUGGAUGAAGCAGGUGAAAAUUCCUAUCGAUAAAAACUAAUCCCGUACAGCGAGUCUGCAGCUGGAAGCGUUAGCACAGCUGCUUCUUUCUAGAUCGAUAAAUCAUCUUUGCAGUUAUGGUGAAAUUCUAAAAAAAAAAGGCUAAACCUUCAUAAAAUGUCUAAUUAAUCCUCUUUCCUUGCGACUUUAGGCCCCCGUAGCAACCUGCUUCUGAAAACCCAGCUCCAGUUUUGGUUCAACAAAUACAAAACGAUAAGAAUUUAAAGGCAUAGUUGACCAUUUUGAAGUUUGUUCCUAUGUAAAAAUAUAAGUGUUUAUCUUACCAGUUGGAUGUAGCUUCCUGAUUGGCCUCGCUCUAAAGAAAUACAUUCUCCAAGACUGAUGAGCUAACGGCUAGUGCUGUCGUCUUUGAAACCUCGGACCCACUGCAGGGUUCGGGACGGGACGGGGAGGGUCGUCGUCGAAUAGUUUCACAACUUAUUUAUGAAAUCGUGCAUGUACAUUUAACCCCGCCUGCCAAUAUCAGAGCCCUAACUGCAACAAAAUAAAAGUUCUCCUGAAAUUACAGGAAAACGUUUUUAUCGCAGUUGAAUCUUUACCAAACGUUUUCAUUAAACAAUUUUUGCAGAAAUGUUUAAAAAAAACAUUCCUAAAUUCAGAAGUGCUUCAUGCUUCCUGCUGCUGGUGAUAUUUAUGCUUGCAAAUAACCAUGUGAAGCACAACAGAUGGUGGUGUAAAGGUUUAUAAAAUGAUGCGUACAUGAAAGGAUUUUUUCAUUCAGAAAGGCUUCAAAAUGGUCAAAAAUAUCCCUUUAAAAAUCCCCCCAGUGACAAUAUUCACCGCUAGUUUUAUCCAUUGGGUCACCCAGACUGCACAUCAGCAGAGAUACAUACCUACUUUUUAUUUAUUAUCCUUUUUCCUUUUGGGGUUUUUUUGGAUCUCAAAGACAUAUUUUACUGUGAAACGUCACCGACAAGAAGACAGCAUCAAUUUUAUUGAGUUUAAUGUAACAGUUUUAAAUCUGUUUGUACAGUUUCUGACUAUUUAAAUUUUAGGAUAGAAGAUUUUAAGCCCCACAUGCCCCGAUGUUAUACCAGCCUUUCUAAUUAUGCCAUUUUUGCACAAAUUUUUGACAAGAAUUGUUGCAAUAACAGAAAUAAUCUAUUAAAACGAAGGCAGAUCAUUUUGCUACGAUGUGUGGAAUGAUUUGCUGUGUUUUUUUUUUUUGUUUGUUUUUGGGUGAGCUUGAAAAAGUUAUAAAACUAGCAGGCAAGCAGGCUUAAACAGUACAGAUGUGUCACCAAAUACCUAAAAUGUUGUUUUCCCACGAAGAAAAACUGUAAUGUUUGUUGCAUCACCUGCUGGGUUUUCAAAUUGUCUCCAUUUCUGUUGAACCAAUGACUUCUUGUUAGUGACCUGAAUGUAAUCAACAACAAUGAAAGUUUUUUUUUUAAUGACAGAUGAGAGAAGACUCGAGCAAACAUCCUCAGUGCCGGCUUCCUUUGCUCAUUGGUUUGCAAUCAGGCCAUUCAACGCCAACGCUCUCAUGGCUGCUCCAUCCGCCCACCAGCACCUACAUGCCCCGUAGCAAACAGUCGCUGCCUCUCGCUGAUGCAUCCGGGUGAGGUGCAGGUUCCUGAAGCUGGUGGUGGAUUUCACGUCUCAGCAUGCCAAGUCAUUGUGCCACUUGGCCUUGAAAGCAUUCAUUAGGUGCAGCAGUGAAAACAUUCUCCUCAGUAAGGGGGGGGGGGG